GCAAAAGCUCCUGAUUCAAACAGCCGCAAUAGUAUUAGGAUUGUGGCUGCAAUAUUCUCACGCUGCUACUACUCCAACCACCUUGUGAGUAAACGAGUCCAGGAGUCUGAAUCUGUGUAGACAACCCAUGGCCUCAGAUGAAGCUCGUAGGAGUCGAAGCCGGUCUAGGAGCCAGGGUAGAAAUGCUUAUGAUAGGAGAACUGUGAGGGACAGGGAGUCCCUCAUGGCAGACAGAAAUGUUUCUGGCCAUAGCCGACGUUCAGGAAUGGAUUCCGAGAGGGACGCGCCUCGUCGGUCACGAUCCCCCCUUCGCUCACGUAGGCGCUCAAUAUCACGGUCUCGCAGUCCCAGACGUAAACGCCAAUGGCCAAGGUCUCGGUCGCGUUCCCGUGGCCCCGAGCGCUCGCACUCUAGGGAAAGGCAUGAACGUCAUAAAGACAGAGAAAAGCUCAGACACAAGCGUUCACGUUCUCGUUCAAGCUCCGUAUCAAGUUUAUCUGAUACUGAUUCGGAGCGAAGGCGUCGUAAGAAGAAAGACAAGCACCGCAGUCGUGAGGAGAAGAGGGAAAGAAAGAGAGAAAAGAAAGAUAAGAAAAAGAAAAGGCAUGGGACUGCCUCUGGUGCUCAGUGGGGUAAAUACGGAAUUAUCAGUGAAACUGACUUCUACAAUAAAACCCAAGAAUUCCGCACGUGGCUUUUGGAAGAGCGCAAAAUUAACCCAGAGGCCAUAUCCAAGGAUCAGGAACGCAAAGAAUUCGUUGUUUUUAUUGAAGACUAUAACACUGCAACCCUCCCUCACGAGAAAUAUUACCAUAUGGAGGCAUACGAACGACGAAUGACGUCGUUACGAGCCGGCGAGUUCGUUCCACCGGCAGAAGACUCCUAUGAUCCUGAGGCUGAUUUACGGGCUCACUCUCUACGACACAAGAAAGCGCCUGCCGAGCACGAAAGUUAUCUAAGCAAGGAAGAGCUUAUGGAGUUGAGGAAAGUCCAGAGUGAGAGAGUUGAGGUUGGGAAGAUGAAACUCUUGGGUAUGGAAGUGAAACAAAAUUUUGGAGUUCGGAUGGAUAGAACCAUGUUUGAUGAUUGAUUGGUACUAGGUAGAGGCUAUCUAAACUCCUCUAAGGUUUCAAUACAAUGUGUACAUCUUUUCUGUAUCCUGUAAAAAAUCGGACAUCCGCGAACAAGAAGUGAGUGUAAC